AUGCAUCAGAGGAAUGUAUCCGAGUUCAUUGGAGGAGAUGGAAAGACUGGAAGUGGAGAGAUCUUAUCGACCAGUCCUACAAAGAGACCGCCAGCAGGGCGUCGAGGACAUGCUCAUAGACGAUCAGCUGCCAUAUCAGUGUCAGACUUAAGUAUGGUCUUGAAACCAAAUCCUGGAGCUGCACGAGGCAGUAGUGCUCCUAACUCUCCGUCUGGAGAUGCGGCAUAUCAGAACUCGCCUUUUCCUGGUUCUUUCGAUACUACCAUCCAACCAACAGGUGUGAAUGGAAACCCUGUUGCUACCGAGGCCCCAGUAAACAAAGUCCCCAAGAAUACUCGGGUCGGUUUCUCUGAUGACCUUGAAUUUAUUCCUCCCAAGGAGAAGCGAGGUUUCCUUUCCAACCCAAGAAUCAGUGAUGUCCGCCCUCGUACAGCUGAGCCAAUUUUGGAUCAAGAAGGGUCGAAAAGUCAGGAUCACCCACCGAGACGACGCAGCUCUUUGCCACUACUUACACCGAGAUCUGUGAAGAAGUGGUCGUUCUUUGGUCAUGACACUACCUCAGGCGAAUCAUCUCCGAAGUCUAGACCGACCAGCUCAGCAUCCUCAGCCAAGGAAUCGAAGAAAGCAGAGACAGCCCCCUCAUCACCAGAGAUUAAUACAGAUGUUCCGUUCCCAACAAUCGAGCCAACGAUUUCCAGACGAUCCUCAAUGUCGAGAAAGCCAAGUAAGAAGCAAAAGCGAGUCAAGUCGUGGGCUGGAUCUAUUUUAUCGCGGAAAUCUCGACAACGAAAGCAGAAGCUCUCUCGUCGAUCCCCAACUCCACCUCUCCGAUACACUUCGCCCAUCGAUGAAGCUCCGACGUUCGAGUUCAAUAAGCCAGACUAUACAGGACCCCCAAAGCCCGAAAUUCAAACCGAUUUUGCAUCCUGGAAGCCACGUAAGGUUGCCAGCCAAGAAGAAUCGAUGAGCCCAAUCAUCGAUCUCGACGCUGCUUUAGGACCUUUCAAUACACCCUCAAGCUUCGGAGAUGAGUGGGAUUCUUCACAGAAGGGAGCUAGGCGAAAGAAGGCAAUGCAUAGUGCUGCAGGUCUAGGUGGAUUCACUGGUCCGGGCAUGCACUAUCACCGUCGUGCUGAGAGCGCUCCUGAGUUUGAGAAUCCGCGCUUCGGACUUCAUCGUCUGGGUAGCAGCUCUACAAUGGGAAUGGAAGAUGUCUUUGAAGAAGAUGAAGACGAGGAAUGGGAAGACUCUAAAGCUUCGGAUAAGGAACCGAGUAUCAAGACCGGUGAAAUCGAGGAUGAAGAGGAGACAGGUUUAGGAAUUGGCAUCAAGGUCGUCGACUCUGAUGGUCUCGAAUCCGACAAGUCGAUUGAUUUUGAAGAUCAUCGAGGAAUCAAGCGAAAGGAUUCCAAUCUGAGCGAUGGCCGACAAGUGGGCUCUACCAAAUCUUUACACUCUACUACGUCCCUGGUAGAUGAGCCAAUCGAAGAAGAAUCGGGCAGUCCAGUUGAGAUUGUUGACGAUUCUAUCCCUCCUAGACCAGACUCCGGAGCACAGUCCUCAGAUUCGACUGCUACACCACCAUUCCGAGCAAACGCAGUAAAGGGAUUAGCACCUGUUGAGAUCCAACCUUUCAGCUUGCAACCACCUUACCAAACUCCUGCGAGUCCUCGGUCUAUCCCUUCAUCGUUCCCAUCUCCGCGCUCCCCAUUUUCAUAUGAUGCUCAGCGCAUCUCAACCGCUCCAUCAUCUAUCACUGAUGAAAAUGCCUUCCAGUCUCUCUUAUUGGGUGAGCCAGGCCCAGAAGUCAGAAUGUCGGUUGAUGACGUUCCUUCCUUGACCAGCAGCAAUUCAACGAUGACUCGAGAAAGCGGCCAUCCUGGCUUCAAUAAUCCUCAAUUCCGCGACGGUCAACGAUCUGCUUCGCUCUCAUCGGCAGCUGUGACUCGUAAGAGAUCCAGUAUGGCUAGUUUGUCACGCCUGAUCAGCAGCUCCCAUGGCGAAAAGAGUAAACUCUCAAUAGAGAAUCGUGCUCCUACACCAGACGGCGAAAAGAAGGAGAAGGCGAGUAAAGGAAAACGCAUCAGUCGUAUGAUGCAAUUCUGGAAGCCAAAGGAUACCUCCUCAUAA